AUGGACACUUCUGGGCACUUCCAUGACUCGGGGGUGGGGGACCUGGAUGAAGACCCCAAGUGCCCCUGUCCAUCCUCCGGGGAUGAGCAGCAGCAGCAGCCGCCACCACCGCUGCCCGCACCACCAGCAGCCCCCCAGCAGCCCCCAGGACCCCCGUUGCAGCCUCAGCCUCAGCAGCAGCAGCAGCAGCAGCAGCAGCAGCAGCAACAGCAGCAGCAGCAGCAGCAGCAGCAGCAGCAGCAGCAGCAGCCACUGCAUCCCUUGUCUCAGCUCGCCCAACUCCAGAGCCAGCCUGUCCACCCUGGCCUGCUGCACUCCUCUCCCACUGCUUUCAGGGCCCCCCCUUUGUCCAACUCCACCGCCAUCCUCCACCCUUCCUCCAGGCAAGGCAGCCAGCUCAAUCUCAAUGACCACUUGCUUGGCCACUCUCCAAGUUCCACAGCCACAAGUGGGCCUGGUGGAGGCAGCCGGCACAGGCAGGCCAGCCCCCUGGUGCACCGGCGGGACAGCAACCCUUUCACAGAGAUCGCCAUGAGCUCCUGCAAGUACAGUGGUGGGGUCAUGAAGCCCCUCAGCCGCCUCAGCGCCUCCCGGAGGAACCUCAUCGAGGCUGAGCCUGAGGGCCAGCCCCUCCAGCUCUUCAGCCCUGGCAACCCCCCCGAAAUCGUCAUCUCCUCCCGGGAGGACAACCAUGCCCACCAGACCCUGCUCCAUCACCCCAAUGCCACCCACAACCACCAGCAUGCCGGCACCACCCCCAGCAGCACCACCUUCCCCAAAGCCAACAAGCGGAAAAACCAAAACAUUGGCUAUAAGCUGGGACACAGGAGGGCCCUGUUUGAAAAGAGAAAGCGACUGAGUGACUAUGCUCUGAUUUUUGGGAUGUUUGGAAUUGUUGUUAUGGUGAUAGAGACCGAGCUCUCUUGGGGUUUGUACUCAAAGGAUUCCAUGUUUUCGCUGGCCCUGAAAUGCCUUAUCAGUUUGUCUACCAUCAUCCUCUUGGGUUUGAUCAUCGCCUAUCACACACGUGAAGUCCAGCUCUUCGUGAUUGACAAUGGUGCGGAUGACUGGCGGAUAGCCAUGACCUAUGAGCGCAUCCUCUACAUCAGUCUGGAGAUGUUGGUGUGCGCCAUCCACCCCAUCCCCGGCGAGUACAAGUUCUUCUGGACGGCUCGCCUGGCCUUCUCCUACACACCCUCGCGGGCGGAGGCCGAUGUGGACAUCAUCCUGUCCAUCCCCAUGUUCCUGCGCCUGUACCUGAUCGCACGCGUCAUGCUGCUGCACAGCAAGCUCUUCACGGAUGCCUCAUCCCGCAGCAUCGGGGCCCUCAACAAGAUCAACUUCAACACCCGCUUUGUCAUGAAGACCCUCAUGACCAUCUGCCCGGGCACCGUGCUGCUGGUGUUCAGCAUCUCGCUGUGGAUCAUUGCGGCCUGGACCGUCCGCGUCUGCGAAAGGUACCAUGACCAGCAGGAUGUCACUAGUAAUUUUCUGGGUGCCAUGUGGCUCAUCUCCAUCACAUUCCUUUCCAUUGGUUACGGGGACAUGGUGCCCCACACAUACUGUGGGAAAGGCGUCUGUCUCCUCACUGGCAUCAUGGGCGCGGGCUGCACCGCCCUCGUGGUGGCUGUGGUGGCCCGGAAGCUGGAACUCACCAAAGCGGAGAAGCACGUUCACAACUUCAUGAUGGACACUCAGCUCACGAAACGGAUCAAGAAUGCUGCAGCCAAUGUCCUUCGGGAAACGUGGCUAAUCUAUAAACACACAAAGCUCCUGAAGAAGAUUGACCAUGCCAAAGUCAGGAAACACCAGAGGAAGUUCCUCCAAGCUAUCCACCAACUGAGGAGUGUCAAGAUGGAGCAGAGGAAGCUGAGCGACCAAGCCAACACCCUGGUGGACCUUUCCAAGAUGCAGAAUGUCAUGUAUGACUUAAUCACAGAACUCAAUGAUCGGAGCGAAGACCUGGAGAAGCAGAUUGGGAGCCUGGAGUCCAAGCUGGAGCAUCUCACCACCAGCUUCAAUUCCCUGCCCUUGCUCAUCGCGGACACACUGCGCCAACAGCAGCAGCAGCUGCUGUCUGCCAUCAUCGAGGCCCGGGGCGUCAGCGUGGCGGUGGGCACCACUCGCGCCCCACUCUCAGACAGCCCGAUCGGGAUCAGCUCCACCUCCUUCCCGACCCCGUACACAAGUUCAAGCAGUUGCUAAAUAAACCUCCCCAUUCCAGAAGCAUUACCCAUAGGUCUUAAGAUGCAAAUCAACUCUCUCCUGGUCACUUUGCCAUCAAGGAACACUGAGACCAGGGGAUGUAAAGAAGAGAGACCGAGCUAAUUAACUAACCCAUGUUCAUUCAGCGUGCUUGGUUCGAUAUGCCUUGAAACCAGAAAUCUAAUCUCUGUUUAGGUGCCUCUACUUGGGAGCAGGAAGCUGAGAUGACAGAAAGCGACGCCUCUGGCAGGGCCCUUGCU